AUGAUACAAAUUAUUAAUAAGAGACCCAUAAUAUUAUAUAAAGCUAAAAACUUUGGAUUUUAGAAGAAGAAAAUGAAGAUUUGGAGGUUUGUUUGGUAUAAAUAUUAUUAAUGUUAAGGUUAUAGAGCAUAAAUUUCCUUUUUACAGAUUUAAUGGUAUACCUUAAAAAAGAAUCAAGUGGAUUAACUUAAUAUUUGGGUGAAGAUUAGAAAGAAUUAUAAGUUUAAUUUUUAAUAGAAGUUGAAAAUUUUAAGAAUGAAUUAUUCGAAAUAUAUUUUGUAUUAUUUGUUAGCUCAAUAUUUAUGUGGAGAAGACAAUAAAUUUUUUAUGAAGACAAAAUGUAAGCAGUUAGAAAGAAUCUAUCAAAUAAAUAUACAAAUGGAAAAAUUAUAAAAUAGAUAAUUUAAAUGAGUAAAAAAUCCAUGAGUAUUAUGUAACAUAAUUGCCACAAGAUACCGAAUCAUCAGAAAUGA